UGAAAGAGAGAGAGAGAUAGAGAGAGCGAGAAAGAGAGAGAGAGAAAGAAAGAGAGUGGGUGCCCGUCUUUUCUCUCAUUCUGUGAGCUCUGCAUCUGUUAUCCUAGACAUGGAGUCAUCAUGUGAGCAGAUGACAACGAUCUGAGAGGAGACACGAGCACGAUGGACACUGAGAUUUCAGAGAAAGAACGGGACAUUCUGAAUUAUACAGAAGAAGAGAAGGAGGUAAAGGAUGAGAAGAGCGUUGUGAAGGAGGAGAUGUCUGAGGAGCAGGAGAUUGAGGAGCUGAGGGCUCAGAUGCUGCAGCUUUUCAUUGAGCUGGAGGAAGCUCGAGAUUUGUCUCAGAAACAUGAAGAGACCUUUCUGGAGCUGCAGGGACUUCUUGAGGAUGAGCGUUUAGCAAGUGCUCAUCAGGCAGAGGCCUUCACAAGACAAAUCCAGCGUCUGCAAGCUCAGCUUCGCUCUGUUCAGGAGGAGAUGAGCAGCCUGGAGGAGGAGAAAGAAAGCGAGCUGCAGGAGGCGCGAGAGGAGCUGCAGGAGGUUCGGGAGGAGGUGCUGAUCCUUCAACAGGCGGCAGAGGAGGCUGCGGCCGAGAGAGAGAACGACAUCGCCUGUCUGCAGGAGGAACUCUGCCGGCUACGGGCCGAAAUCUCCCGACUGGAGAACACGGGACAGGAGUAUGAGCUGGAGAUCGUCACACUCAGAGCAGAGAUCGAGAUGAAGAGUAAAUUCCGUCAACAGCAGAGAAGGGAGGGUGACAUGGGUGAGUUAAGGGAUGAAUGCAAUAAUUUAAAGGAGCAAUGUCUUUCACUACAAGAUGAAAACACAAGACUGACCAACAGAGUGCAGCUACUGCAGAAGAGGAGUUCAAGCGGUGCAUACCUCACUCUUAAAGAGGAACAAGAAGAGACCGAGGAGGCAAAAGACAUGGAGUGUGACGCAGAGACAGAUGCUGGAGGAUCCUACAUUAACAUCAACCAGAUGAGCUCUAACUGUAGGCUGGUGGAUGCUGGAAUCCAGAAGAACAUCUCAUUCGAAGGCAAACCUGUCACUCCCACCAGCUGGACAGGAGGAUUUUCAGAGAUCCUGUCGCUGAGAGAUCAACUCAAACAGACUGAAGAGAAAGCUGCAAACAUGCAAAGACAGUAUGACGGACUGAAGACUGAAUUAAAAAAGCUGGGGGAAGUGUAUGAAAGCAGUCAGAGAGAGCGGGCCGAGCUGGAGCUGGAGUUAUUACGCUGCAGAGAGGAACUGGAGAGGCCUGCUGACGGACAACAGGAAUAAUGCUCACGUGAACUAUUGGAUAGUUGGUGGUUUUCUGUAUCCAAGAGCACAAGGUACUGAGUGACUCUGAGUAUAAUAAAAAAAACAUCCUGAAUAUCACAUUUUAUGCUUUGUAAUACGAAUGGCUGUGUAACAAUUUUUAGAGCAACAUAGUUGUCAUAUUGCUAAAAAACAUUUUUUGCUAUGACUACUGGGAAUCAAUUACCUCUUGUAACAAUGCAUAAUUUUGUUAGUUCAGUUCCACCAUAUUAGCUGAUAUUUAUUAUUAUAACAAACUGUUAUUUGCUUCUUAGACAUUGAUUUCUGUGAUUUUCUCCUACAGUCCUCUUGUGUUUUGUAUUAGUUAAUGAUUUAAUGUUUUACUAUUGUCUUGUGUUGGGACUUAAUGUUGUGAUAAGUUUAUAUUAAUAAAAUCAAUGGAAGAUAAAGUAAAAAUAAAGACAGAUUGAUCAAAGUGGUCCAUUUGCAAUGAAAAACAUUUCAAUUUAUUAGUAAACAGAUAUUUAUAUAAAUAUUUAAUUUAUGUAUUUAUAUACCCGUUGUUGUGUUAUUCUCAGAGCAAUGUGAAUAUGUGUUUUGUUUUAUUUACUGACUGUUUUAAAGAAAUUAUAUAAAAUGAUAAUUAGCUUUUACAUAAUGCCAUUGAGUAUUAAUAACUGCAAUAACAUGGCAAGUGUUUUACAUAUUUAUGCAUUUAUAAUGCAUGAAGCAACAGUAUAUAGUGCCAUACAGACUAUCAAUGUUUUAUUAUUUUAACUUCAGGAUUCAUUUAAAAUGGAUCCUUAAAAUGUGAACAUUUCUCCCUUUUAUUUCAUAAUAGAUUAUUUACAUGUUACUGUUGAAAAAAAUUAAAAUGAAACCUAAUAUUUCAUAGUUUGUGGAACAGUCAUCAUCAGUACAUGAUUUUUUUUUCAGUUCAUGUGUAUUUCAUGAUUGUUUUAUUUCAAUAAAAUCAAACAGAAUUUG